GCCUGGUGUUGUCUCUUCCGUUUGUGUGAGUGGGUGGGGAAUCGGAGACGACGGCGAGCGAGAUCAGUAAUUCGAAGGAGGAGGAAGAAAUCUCAAAAAAAUGAUAGAGGUGGUUCUGAACGAUCGACUGGGGAAGAAGGUGAGGGUGAAGUGCAACGAAGACGACACGAUCGGAGACCUGAAGAAGCUCGUGGCGGCGCAGACCGGAACCAGGGCCGAAAAGAUCCGAAUCCAGAAGUGGUACACCAUCUACAAGGAUCACAUCACCCUCAAGGACUACGAAGUCCACGACGGCGACGGCCUCGAGCUCUACUACAACUAAUCCCUCUCCAGAUCUCUCAUCUUUCUCUUUCUGUACGUAAUUGUUGAACCCUACCUAAUUAUUAAUGCCGAUGGAUGUGUUCAUAAUAUAGCCUCCUUGUUAGGUAGGUUGUAUAAUUCUCUGAUAAUCCUUUUCUUCAACAAUGGAGUUUGUCAUGAUUUUCUGGAUUUCUGUUAAACCUAUAUACUCCACCAUCUGGUUCCGUUCAAAUUAUGUACUUUACAAUGUGAUUCAGCCAUGAAUGAAUUCUAUUGUCUCUU